UUUCUGCGAAAUGAUGCAAGACUCAUCGCAUAGAUAUCUAGCAAAAUCUACUGCUAUAUAUACAGGCCUACAUGCAUCCAAGUCGAGAUGUUCAUUUGAACAAGCACUUCAACAGGGUACACAGGAUUUCAUUGCUGUAUUCCAAUUUGUUGCAUUUGGCACAAAAUAUAUACUAUAUUAUGAUGGAUCACAACAUCUUAGUUCCACUGCUGUCAUCCCUUGUGAUGUUGGUCUUGGGGCCUUUGAUCAUAGAUGUGAUCUCGGUGAGCAAGAAGAUUGGGAAGUUCUUGAGCAUAGCUUUGAGGUUCUUAGCACAUGACGGUAGUGUUAUCGACUCUAUGAUCAUGGACGACGAUGAUCCUCCUUCGUCGCGGCGGUUGCUAGGAGAAGGGAGGAUGACAUGCCAUGAUGCAACGGUCGUCACAAUGAGAUUAGGUCUCAGGUGGAGAAUGAGUGGGGAGGCUGCCAUGGAGUGCCAAGGGUGUGACAACCUCAUGGGUGCCGCCAUGGAUGAGCUGCUGGACAGGAAGACGGCGAGCGAGAGUGAGCUAAAGGAAGCCUUCUAUGUGUUCGAUCGCAAUGAGGAUGGGUUCAUAUGCGCCGCGGAGCUAUGGAGCGUAAUGAGGAGGCUAGGGUUCAAAGAAGGACGAAGGUACGAGGACUGUAUGAGGAUGAUCCACACUUUUGAUGAAGAUAAAGAUGGAAGGAUUAGCUAUUUAGAAUUUAGAAGGAUGAUGGAAGGUGUAGUUUAGUUAGCUGCUCUACCUCACAGAAGUUUUUUUUUGGUGUUGCUGUUGUUGUAACAAUUACUUGAUAACUAUGUAAUAUGCCAGUCAUGCAUGUACUAUGUUGGUAUAACUUUGGGGAUCACACAUUGCAGAUAGUAUAACCUAGUAUCAAUGGUGAAAUUAAUGUGCAUUAUGCACUCAAUAUCGCUGAAUACACAUUGAAACUACUUGUUGGAUAAAAAUAUAAACUUU